GGGGUAAUAAGUCGUCCCUGCUUCGGUCUCCUUGUUAGUCUCGUGGGAGUUGAAUCCGGCCCAGUUCGUGAGAGAACGGGGACAUGGCAUUACUCACCCUUGAUCCUAUUUCAUACGAAAGCACCUCUCUUCCACUGUAGACUUCCCGAUCCUGUGAACAAGAAUAUUGCUGCAUUUCGGAAACCUACCGACACUCCAUCCAGUAUUCUACCAAUUAAUCCUUCAAUAUGGGGAUUUAUAUCACCGACCUUACCGAGGCAGACAUCCCAGGUGCAGUGGAGGCAGUGCAACAAGCUUUUGUUGGAGAUCCUUAUAACGUAUGGGUUUAUGACCAAGCGAAAUUCGACCGCCAGCGGAAUUUUGAGUCUCUUGCCAUUCGAAUGAGGUGGGGAAUGCGCAAUGGGAUCUUUCACGUUGCCAAAGAAGAAAACAGUGAUAAAGUGCUGGGCGUGGCUAUGUGGUUACGUCCCCAACCAGCAGAUCAGCCUUCAACAUGGAGUGACUGGUUUGAGAGCUGGAGACUAUACCUUGGACAAAUACAGAUGAAUCUGUGGUAUGGCCGUGGAGGAUUGAAUGUCAAGCGAUAUUAUAUCUGGAAGGAUGCCCAAGCCAGCGCCCAAUCGACUCUCUGGACAGAUCCUCGGGGCUACUACUUUCUGAACAUCAUGGUUGUAGUCCCUGAGGCUCAAGGUAAAGGAGUCGGGGCCAAGUUGAUGAAGGCUGUUACAGACGAAGCCGAUGCUAAGAACAUGAGAUGCUACUUAGAGUCAAGCCGCGAUGUCCCGAACAUAGCUAUCUACGGACGUCUAGGGUUCAAGUUCCAGAAGGAAAUGGUUUGCGAUGAUGAUGGCGAUGCAAUUAAGUUAUUCACAAUGAUAAGAGAACCACAUGCUGAGCCAUCCAGCGGGAGGUAGACCUCAAGUGUUGGAUGGCAAAAGUACAUAGGAACCAGCCUUUUAAUACAGCAUGACCAUAUCUUGUCUUUAUUUGGCUUCUAGUGCC